UCGGAUUACAGUUCACACACAUAAAGACUGUCCUGCUCCUCCUAUAUGACGGUUUGCCAGUUUGUUUAUUUAAAUUUUUUUCAUCUUGUAUUUUUGUAAGAAAAUUAUUAAUAACGUGAAAGAUAAACUUACUAUUAAUCCCUAAAAUUUUGAAUAUGAAUUACUCGUACGCAAUAUUAUUUUUAAUGUCCCUUUGGUCUUACAGUAUUGCUUUGGAAUGCUAUGUAUGUGAUAACCAGGAAGAAAAUGAAGAAAAGUGUGGAAAAACUAUUGAGAUCUGCAAUUAUGGAGAGGAUGUCUGUUUAACUGAAAUCAGAUGGGGUUCCACACCCUAUUGGCAACAAGGGGCCUUAAAACAGUACUACAUAUCUAAAAGGUGUUCAACCAAAGAUAAAUGUGAAAAAUUUAGAAGUUCAAAUAUGGCUGCUUGUACCCAUAUUUGGUAUGAGGAUUGGAAAUGUUCCGAAUGUUGUAAAGGAGAUAGGUGCAACUAUUACAUAAUUUCAAAAGCACCUGCUCUUAAUUAUUCACCUUUGUUGAUGGUAGGAUUGUAUAUCUUUAUCCAAACAUUGUGAUGGCUAACCAAACAAUCUUUAAUCACUAAUGUUGACAAUUUGUAAUUUUAGAAAUCUUUUUAUUAUAUUAAUAGUAAAGUUAAGCAUAAAAUGUAUACUUCCAUUAUGCUUUUUAUACCCAAAGAUGUUCUGUGAAUAUUGUACUGUAUAGUGGAAAAAAUGAGCAAUUACGAUGUAUUGUAGAUAUUAAGAAGUAAUGAAAAUGUAUUCCGUCCAACUUUGGAUCUUAAUAUUUUUUAAGUUUUACCUACCGAAUUUCGUGUUAUAUGUAUAAUGUUGAUUUUUUAAUAUAUACAAGGCAUAUAUUUAUCAUACAGCCAUAUCAUAUCUUCUAAACCCAUAAUGUUAUGAUUAGAAACUUUUAUAAAACAUGCUUUAUGAUGUAUACUAGAGGAAAAUAUGGUUCAGUGUAAUAUUAUUUGAUAAGAUGACAAAUAUAUCUAUACAAAAUCAUUUUUAAUA